AUGAGCCUACUGAAAGGCGUUACUUAUGGAGUCGUCUAUGAUUACUAUACGGCUGAACCCGUUUCCACGACUCAAUUGAGGUUCUAUGAAACAGAAGGCGUUACUGAUACCUGUACCAUUGACAUCGAACCUUGCUCUGAAAAUGAACCUAGAAGAGUUGAUGGAUCAUGCGUCAGUUUGAAAAAACCUGGAAAGGGAACCUACUUUACACCCAUGAAGAGAAUCUUGCCUGCCCACUUCCACAAUGGAUACUUCCCAAGACUAGCACAAUCUGGUGAUGAACUGCCUCUGGCAAGAACUGUCCGUCUCCAACUGGUUCACGAAGGAAAAUCGAUUAAUCUGAAUUUCAAUCAUCAUUUGACUGGCUUUGCUACAUUUUUAUUCAGCGAUAUUGGAUCCGUUCACGAUGCUGAAAACAUGCUGCUUGAGACCACAUACUGUUGUGAAGAGGAGCACUGGAAUGACUACGAAUGUACGCCCAACCUUUUGACUGCUGAUGACCCUGUGCACAGGUUCACAGGCAUCAAGUGCAUGAACAGCACCAGACCUCUCACUUACCAGGACUACAAGUGCACUAAAGAUGAAAUACAUUCUCCUCUGAAAAAAGCCACUACAGCCUUCGACAUGUCCCAAAUUUAUAAUGCAAACAACAAAGGAGAUAAAGCAGUUAGAUCUUUCGUUAACGGACAAUUGGCAGUAGAAGAAGAAGAUGGCCAUAUUUACCCACCAAGCAGCCCAGACGCAGUUUGCCCCAACAACUCAGGCAACGAAACCAGAUGCUUUGCCAAUUACUUCAACAACUUAUUGCCAAAUACACUAUACGUGAUCUGGUUUGUACGUCACCACAACUACUUAGCCAGCAAGUUAGCUGAAAUCAACCCAUGCUGGACUGAUGACCAAUUAUUCUAUGCUGCUAGAGACAUGAACAUUGCCUAUUACCAGCAAAUCUUCUUGUACGAAUGGCUUCCAGCCCUCGAAGGUCGUGACAAUGUCAUUAAAGCUGGUAUUAUAAACAAAAGAGACGGAUUCAGAGACUUGUACAAUGAAGAUGAGGUUCCUGAAGUAACAUUGGAAUUCACUUACACCAUGCGUUGGUUCCAUUUGAUGCAGCCCACUAAUGCUAAGUUGUACGACAGACAUGGUAAAUUUGUCAAGAAUUACCCUGUAUUGAAUGCUACCUUCCACACUGGACUUGUAACACUUGGUGAUAAUGUAGAGUACUUUACCCAGAGUAUGAUCAGAGCUGGAUGCCGUGCUUUUGACAGCAGCGUUGCUUUUGAUCUUGCCAAUCACGGUUUCCCUGGUGUGCAACUGAGUAUCGAUGCUCCAGCUGGAGAUUUGAACAAAGGCCGUAACUUUGGAGUAGCUCCAUACAUUGACUAUUUGAAACACUUCAACGGCGUCGAUAUCAAAACCUUCGACGAUUUGGCUCAAUUCAUUCCAGCAGGCAAAAUCCAAUUGUUGAAAGAAACUUAUGGAGAUGUAAGAGAUAUAGACUUAUUGGCUGGUCUUUGGAUCGAGAAAACAAUUGAAGGAGGCGAAAUUCCUCUAAUGUUCGCCAACAUCAUCAACGACAACAUCAUUAGGGCUCUAAAGAGUGACAGACAUUGGUAUGAAAGACCAAACAGACCUAAUGCUUUCACUAGGGCUCAACUUAAGGAGGUUAGGAAGGCCUCCAUAGCCAGGUUACUCUGUGAUGUCGGUGAUGGCGUCUAUGAAGUACCUAAAAAUGCCAUCUACAAUAUUUCACCUAAGAACCCGUUGGUCAGUUGCGACAAAAUCCAGGGCAUGGACUUCAAUGCUUGGGCCGACAACACAUGCCAAAGCAGUUAAACGAAAAUAUAAAAUUACUUCUUUACUACUAUGGUCAGAUAAAUGAAAAUAACUUUUGAUUUUGCUUAAUUUGACUUCGCAGUUACACAGUUCCUAAUUGUUUUUACCAAUUACCAAUAAAGAGUUGAUCGUG